AUGGAUAUUGCGGCUUUUCACAGUUUAUCGGAGACGACGCUGCCACUGAACAACGGUUUUGAUGUCGACUGGGUCUGGAAUCAUUCUUUGAUGCCCCAAAUUGAUGGGAACAUCGACUUAGGGGAUCUCGGUCUCCCAGCUCAGAAAGCUGUGGACCCAAUAUUGCCCAUUGCGCCAGAAUUGAACUGCACUUCCUUAGACCCGUCCCCGACAACACUCUUCACGGACGAAGACUCGACCGACGACGAAGACCACUCGGAAGUCACAAACCAGCUUUCCGCUCGGCUCGGUUCCCUGCUUGCGAUGGACAACGGCGAACAUCACUUCUACGGCGCAACUUCGAACUUCAACUUGGUGCGAGGAAGAGUUGCUUCGGUGUUCUACCCGAAAUCAAGCAACAGGGGCAGACAAGCCGAAGCUCGUCUGGAAGCUACUGGUCUUAAUCAAAACUUUGGUGGUGAUCUGAUUGAUCACCUGCUCGAUUUGUUCUUCACCUGGCACAACCCGAGUCUCUAUACCGUCGAUCGACAGCUUUUCGACAAGGCCCGGAAGGAGUACGAGGACGGAAACAAAGACACCCCGUUCUUCUCCCCGUUUCUUCUCAAUUCUAUUUGUGCCGUUGGCGCGGCGUUCGAGUCUCGGAAGCAUGCAAAUCUUCCGAACCCCUUAUCAGAAUUGUUCGCCAGCCGGGCGACGACUUUGCUUGAUAUCGAGCUGGAACACCCCAAAAUCGCUACCGUUCAAGCAUUGGCAGUUCUGAGCAGUCAUGAGGCAGCCUUCACCCGGGAUACUCAAGGAUGGCUUUUUAGCGGCAUGGCUGUUCGACUCGCUAUAGACUUUGGAUUGCACAGCGGAGUCAAGCCCUACCUUGAUGCCGGUUCCAUGUCGAUAGAGGAAGCUCGAGGCCGAAGCGUUGCAUUCUGGGGCGCUGUCGCUACAGAUAGGAUGUGGGGUUUAUACCUCGGAAGACCUUUCCAUAAUAUACUUCAGAUUGCCACGGUAGAAACACCAAUGUCUCUCUCCCAACGAGAGCGAGGGUGUGGCGCCUCUGGUGCUGUACCGAAAGAGCCUGGCUCAACCGAUAGGCUUCUGGCUUUACAGGAAACAUUGGUCGAGCAAUGGAUUCAGCUAUCAAGAAUAAUGUCUCCUCUUGAGAGCUCGCUAUAUUUCCGUGCCGACGCAUCAAACACCGAGUUGCAGAAGAUAGGACAAGAAACAUGGCAAAGACUCUUAUCCUGGAGGCAAUGCUUACCGGGUGAGCUCGACUUGGACUUGGACAAGCCAAUGCCGGAAGAUUGCCGUCCGCACGUGUUGAUUUUACACAUGAUUUUCGAGUAUCUAGCCAUCGUCCUACACCGGCCUUUCGUGGCUAAGAAUUACAUCCAGCCCAUCCCACGCGUUGGACAGGGCCCCCAGCACGCGAGAGAGAUGUGCGUCCGCUCGGCGUCCCGCAUCUCUAUCCUCCUCUCCUGGUACGAGCAGCGCUUUUCGCUCAGCAAUAUCAACAUCCAGGUCGUCCAGAUCACAUUCAGCGCGGCGCUAAUUUUGGUCUACGCUUCGGUGUCGGAAAACGACGCCCAGAGCCACCGGCAGCUGUCGUGCCACCUCGAAGUAUGCUGCCGUGCGCUGGCGGAGCUGGGGGCUACGUUCAACAAUGCGACGCGGACUUUGGACGUUUUGUUGCAGAUCAAGAGGGCUUGGCAGGCUCGGCUUGUUGCUGCGUCGGCCGGAUCGAAGAGGAGGGGAUCUUCUGUGACGUAUUCGUCGCAGUCGAAGCGUAGGAUCCAGGGUGACCCCGAAGCGCGCACGCCGAGGUGA